AUAAAGUGUGUGGUGUAUAAUGGCCACCUGUUACGUGUUUCUGAAACUCUAUAGAUGGUUAUACCCGCAAAGAUGUUUCCAGUUUCAAGUCUCCUAAUCCUUUUUGCGAAUUUCGUGCACUUCGUUACUUCAUAUCAAGUUGAAAUUUUAAACACAAGGAAUGCCACGUCCGAUUUAAUAGGAUGGAACAUGACAACUUAUGUCAACAACAUUGAGGACUUCUCUCCAGAGGUUAAGUGGGAUGAGGUUACAUUUCACCAACUGAAUCCAUCAGUUCGUGGCUUUCAAAUCUGCCCAGACUCACAAGACACCCAAUCUUAUAAAACCAACGUACAAAACUGGCUACGCUCUCCCUACAUGAAACUUAUUGGGCGCUCCCGUCUUUACGUUGAGCUAAACUUCUGGAUGAGAGAAUGUGAGAAUAAAGAUACAAUCUGCCCGGAAACUUUCAAAAUUUAUUACGCAAUCACCAGUCACCAAUCAGAAGUUCCACAACUGAACGAAAGUGUUUUUACAAAGAUUGACACAGUAGCUGCUGAGGACCAGUUUGCCGAUUCUAACUCCGACUGGACUGAAGUGCUGAACACUGAAAUCGUAAACAUAGAAAUCCCACAAUCUAUCGAUAUAUCCCACGCCGGCGUCUAUGUUGCAAUUGUGGACAAAGGCGCGUGCAUAGCUCUUGUAUCAGUGCGUGUCUACAGCAUAGUGUGCCCCAUGGAAAUACAAAGCUUGGCCAUUUUUCCCGAGACGUUAACCGGAGAGUUAGACACCUCACUAGUAAAGGUAAACGGUAGUUGCGUUGAAAGGUCGCAUCCAGCAAAUUCUGAAGUUUCCUCUCAACCAGUAAACCACUGUACAAGUGAUGGAAGGUGGAAUGUAAGGACUGGUGCUUGCUACUGUGAGGCAGGCUAUCAACCUGAUCAUAACAUGAGAACCUGCCAACCAUGUCCACGCAACAUGUACAAGCCAACUUUAGGCAAUCAAAACUGCACGCAAUGCCCAUCAGUUUCAUACACCCACCAUGUAGGCUCCAUAUCAUGUGUGUGUAGUGACGGACACCUCGUAUCAACUAGUUACUUAGAUGGUUGUGGAGUCUGUCCACAGCUACCUUCACCACCAUUGAAACUUAAAGUGAUCAAAUCAACCACUGUCCCAGGUGCAGCACGUCUUGAAUGGGAAAAGCCGCAAGAUUUUGGAAACUGCCAGAAAAUAUUUUACUGUGUUUUGUGUCAAGUACAUUCUAUAAACCAUGCAUCUACCUCUUUAAGCAAGCAGAACAACAAUUCCAGCCUCUUUAAGCAAUCUGACCCUACCCAACCCUCAUACACUGUUGACGCCUGUGACGAUGUCCUUUACUACCCACAUCAAUGCAGCUUAAAAACCAACUUUGUCGAUAUGCACAACCUCACAGGGCAUGGCUUGUACACAUUCCAGGUUGUAGCUACAAAUGCUGUUACUCAUAAACAUGCCGAUUCCAUAACUGGACAAGAUGCUGUUAGAAAUAAAAUGCUCAACCCAAAAGUUUCUAACACCAGCAGUGCUUUUGUUACAUUUUCAAUCGAUAAAUUCCACCCUUCCACCCCAACAAACCUACAUAUGAUCCAUUCUAAUUACACAUCUGUAACCAUCCAAUGGAACCCACCCGUAUACACAAGUGGAGAUCAAAUAUCAUAUAAGGUUGUUUGGGUGGAAGACCAGGGCCGUAACAAAACAGCGAUAUUGCAGCUUAAAUCCACCACCCUCCCUACCUCCCAUAUGCUGGUGAAUGUAACUGGAGCCCAUCUUGCUCAACUUAACUCAGGGGUCAAGUAUUACAUAGCUGUUCAAGCAUUAAGCACUGCAGGACGAAGCAACUACAGCAGUGUUUUAGAAGUCCGUACCAUGUCCAGUGACCUCACUUCAAAACCAACAGUCAAACCAAACAAUUCAAAUGAAUCAUUAUAUGUCUACCUCGUGGCUGUGAUAAGCGUGCUACUGUUUGGGGGUUUUGUGUUUUUCUUUCUUUGGAGGAGAUGUCGUGGAACUUCAGGAAAGCAGAAGUCCAAACCAUGUCUCGAUAAACCUCUACAGUCAAGUUCUGAAGAGUGUGAUGGCUUCACUGUCUGUACAGAACUCUCUGACCAGCGCACAUACGUUGACCCGUUCUCGUGCGGGCCGAUACAAACGCAUAAGUUUUCCUGUGAGACCGACCCUGACUUGGUAUCCAUAAACAAAGUAAUUGGUUGUGGAGAAUUCGGUGAAGUGUACCAAGGCUCGCUUACAUUAACAGAUACUGGAGGUAAACGUAAAGUGAUCGACGUUGCCAUCAAGCAGCUUCAUGCGCAGUGCCAACCUAAUGAACAGAUUGACUUUCUGCACGAGGCGAAGGCCCUUGAACGAUUCCAGCACCCCAACAUUGUCAAGCUUGAAGCAGUUGUCAUGGCAAGCCGGCCAUUCAUGAUUGUAACCGAACUUAUGGUCAACGGUUGUCUUGGGAAGUUUUUGCGGCACCAUCGUGGAGCAAAACGUUACUUCAAGCCUAUGGUUCUUGUCCGCAUGCUGCAUGGUGUAGCAAAAGGAAUGGCUUACUUGAGCAAGAUGUGCUACGUUCAUCGCGAUCUUGCGGCGCGUAAUGUCCUCAUAAACAACGAGCUCGUAUGCAAAGUCGCCGACUUUGGUCUUAUCCGCCACAUAGGCGAGAAAAAGUCAACAGUUAACACUAAGGGUGGGAAAAUAUCGCUUCGCUGGACGGCACCUGAAGCAGUAGCGUAUCAGGCAUAUUCACAGGCAUCAGACGUUUGGAGUUUCGGUGUAUUUGCAUGGGAAGUGAUCACUUAUGGUGAGAAACCUUACUGGAGUCUAACUAACCAACAAGUGUUACAAGCCAUUAACGAUGGGUAUAGACUCCCAGCUCCCGAGGAUUGCCCGUCCGUACUCCACCAACUGAUGCUAGAAUGUUGGCAUCGUGAUAAAAACACACGUCCCACUUUCGAACAAGUGGUAACUAGAUUGGACGCCAUGAUAAACCAACGUGGAGUGCUGGAUACAUUAGCCAGUCCGGCAAGCACAGGAGAGGACGUGUUAUUUUUCACUGACUCCCCGCCACACACUCCGUGUCCCGUGCCAACUGUCACUGACGGCCAGUCACACCACAAUUACGCCACUUGUCGCAUCGCUGACAACGACUCUCCACUCGGUAAUCUGAUUCGUGGCGAAACGCCCGAUCCCGCCGAAGUAACCGAACCGUACGUGGAGUCGAAUGAUCUGGUCGACGGUUCCCCAUCUGACGAUCUAUUAAGUCACCAUUCAAGUUACGAAGUAUCGACAAUGUAGCGUUGGCCUUUAUUUGCAUCCUUGCCCAUGUAGUACAUUAUAACCGCUUACUUACACCGACGACAGACUCAUUUUACGCACUUACAUCAAGGCUGUCUCUUACGUUUUCUUCUAUUUCAAUGAGUUUAAGAUCCUGUCUUGCGAAUUUUCACAAUUAUCACUUAUUUUAUUAUCGUUCUCACGGUACUACAUUGCGCUACGUAACCUACGCUUGCGUUUCCCUUUAUUUUAAUUCAUUUUUGAGCCGAUUCUUCAAGUCAAGGUGUCCUUGCAUGCCGAUUUUCUUUUUUAUCCCGUUUUCCGAAGCUCCAUGUAGAAAAGUUACAGUUUGUGUAUGCUCACCCACCUCGAUAGAGAAUGCGUCAUAUUUUUUGUACAAAAUCAUUUUAGCCGGAACGUACUUCCGCAAAUACAACGUUUCUAUUCACCAGUUA